CUUCACCUGGAACAGCAUGUCGGGCCGCAGCGUUCGGCUGCGGUCAGUUCCCAUCCAGAGCCUCUCGGAGCUGGAGCGAGCCAGGUUGCAGGAAGUCGCUUUUUAUCAGUUGCAGCAGGACUGUGACCUGAGCUGUCAGAUCACCAUCCCCAAAGAUGGACAAAAGAGGAAGAAAUCUUUGAGAAAGAAACUGGAUUCACUAGGGAAGGAGAAAAACAAAGACAGAGAAUUCAUCCCGCAGGCAUUUGGAAUGCCCUUGUCCCAAGUCAUUGCAAAUGACCGGGCCUACAAGCUCAAGCAGGACUUACAGAGGGACGAGCAAAAGGAUGCAUCCGAUUUUGUUGCCUCCCUCCUCCCAUUUGGAAGUAAAAGACAAAACAAAGAACUGUCAAGCAGUAACUCAUCUCUCAGCUCCACCUCGGAAACACCAAAUGAGUCGACAUCGCCAAACACCCCAGAACCAGCUCCUCGGGCCAGGAGGAGGGGUGCUAUGUCAGUGGACUCCAUUACAGAUCUUGAUGACAACCAGUCUCGACUUCUAGAAGCUUUACAGCUCUCCUUGCCUGCGGAAGCCCAAAGUAAAAAAGAAAAAGCGAGAGAUAAGAAACUCAGUCUGAAUCCUAUUUACAGACAGGUUCCCAGGCUGGUGGACAGCUGCUGUCAACAUCUAGAAAAACAUGGCCUCCAGACAGUGGGGAUCUUUCGAGUCGGAAGCUCCAAAAAGAGAGUGAGACAAUUACGCGAGGAAUUUGACCGUGGGAUUGAUGUCUCUCUGGAAGAAGAGCACAGUGUUCAUGAUGUGGCUGCCUUACUGAAGGAGUUCCUGAGGGACAUGCCAGACCCCCUUCUCACCAGGGAGCUGUACACCGCUUUCAUCAAUACUCUCCUGUUGGAGCCAGAGGAACAGCUGGGCACCUUGCAGCUCCUCAUCUACCUUUUACCUCCCUGCAACUGCGACACCCUCCACCGCCUCCUCCAGUUCCUCUCCAUUGUGGCCAGGCACGCCAACGACAACGUCAGCAAAGAUGGGCAAGAGGUCACGGGGAACAAAAUGACGUCUCUAAACUUGGCCACCAUAUUUGGACCCAACCUUCUGCACAAGCAGAAGUCAUCAGACAAAGAAUUCUCCGUCCAGAGUUCGGCCCGGGCUGAGGAAAGCACAGCUAUCAUCGCUGUGGUGCAGAAAAUGAUUGAAAAUUAUGAAACCCUGUUCAUGGUUCCCCCGGAUCUGCAGAACGAGGUGCUGGUCAGCCUGCUGCAGACCGACCCGGACGUGGUGGACUAUUUGCUCAGAAGGAAGGCUUCCCAGUCCUCAAGCCCUGAUGACAUGCUGAGGUCGGAAGUUUCCUUUUCGGUGGGAGGCAGGCACUCAUCCACAGACUCCAACAAGGCCUCCAGCGGAGACCUGUCCCCUUAUGACAACAACUCCCCCGUGCUGUCGGAGCGCUCCCUGCUGGCUAUGCAAGAGAACACGGCCCCGGGGGGCUCGGAGAAGCUGUACAGAGGACCAGAGCAGUACAUGCUGGUGGGCCACCUGCCAUCAUUGAAGUCAAGGGAGAGUUCUCCUGGACCACGGCUUGGAAAAGAUAUGUCUGAGGAACCUUUCAAUAUCUGGGGAACUUGGCAUUCAACAUUGAAGAGUGGAUCCAAAGACCCAGAAAUGACAGGUUCCUAUGGAGACAUUUUUGAAAGCAGCUCCCUCCGACCGGGGCCGUGUUCCCUUUCUCAAGGGAACCUGUCCUCACAUUGGCCCCGGUGGCAGGGGAGCCCCACAGAACUGGACAGUGGCCCGCAGGCCAUCCGGAGGACUCAGACCACGGCCACCAUCCCGGAGUGCCGGGCCCACCCUCCGGUGUCCCGCGUGUGCAGCACGCCCCACAUCCCGGGCGGCGGCAGGAGGUGGGAGCUGGCCACGCCCAGGCUGGAUAAGCUUACCACGCCCAGGUUUGAGAUGGCCACGCCCAGGUCGGAGCUGGUCACGCCCAGGUCGGAGCUGGCCACGCCCAGGCCGGAGCAGUAUUUGACUCUGAGCAGCAUGGAAGACCUCGCCGAGAGCGACCUGAGCGUGGCCUGGCUGCCGAGCCGCUCCAAGCCUUUGCACCAGAGACCUCGGGAGAGGGCGAGGCCCGACUGCAGGCCGCCGCCUCCUUACCCCGGGCCCGGGAAGCAAGUUGCGGCCCACCAGCCCGGAGAGCCCCCCCUGUGGAGGCGCCAGAGGCCAGAAGAAGCUUCAGGAUCGCCCUGGGAGGAGGGAAGCCCAGCCGCCCAGCGAGAGCAUCAGGCUGCCCAGCCCAAACUGAGCGGCGCCUGCUCCGCUCCCGCCAGCGAUCAGAACAGUAAGGGCCUGGGGGAACCCACCUGGCUCGAUUGGCAGAGAGACCGGUUGCAGAUCUGGGAGUUCUUGUCCGCAGACAACCCCGAUGCCCUCCCGGAAACACUGGUAUGAGCCCUCACCCAGCUUCGGCCCUCACGUCCCAACAGUCUUCUUCCACUCCGGAAGGAAAAGAGUUGGUGUUGGUCAAUUGGACAUUUACUUACUUUUUCUUCUUUUACACUUCAAAAAAAAAUAAUAACACAAGGGAAGCCCAGUUCACUUAAAGAUAUAGAGCACUAACACCCUCACCAUUUAUAAUAAGAUUCUAUUGCAUAGCCAGCCUUAGGGAAAUACGAAAUCAUAAACGGAUGGCAGUGUCUAAUAUAUAAACUGCUCACAUUGGCUCUAAGAUAAAACUCUUGCUUUGGUAUAGCUUCAUUGUAUUUAUGUGUCUUCAGUUUUGACUAUUGUAUAUUCUGUAACGGAUUAUGUAUGAUAAUCGUAUAUGAUAUAUUCACAGAAAACAAAAGGAACAUUUUUUAAAUCACUUCACUUAUACUAAGCAAGGAGAUUCUAUAGAAUGUUCUAGAAUAUGCACAAGCGGGUUUCUGUGCUUUUGCCAUAGCUUUUAAAGAGGGACAGUCCUUCCUUCAAUGCCUAAGAAAAACACUAACAAAACAAAGUAAAAGAGAGUAUGAGAAGCCAUAUUUUUAUAUAGUAGAGAGAUACAAAAAAAUAUAGUCACUGAAUGCUUUUUCAUAUGGAAUAUAUUUUAAGGAAAUAUUAGAUUUGAUAUGUUAUGGAAUAUAUUUUUGGAAUCUGUUUAGAAAGGAUUCAGUUUAUCAAACAGGAGAAAGGCCGUGCCUAACAAAGAAAGAAUCAUUAAGAAAUCAUCCUUCCCAUUUUAGGUCAAAUUCAAUUUCAUAGAGACCACAUAUAAUAUAUAUUUAUAAUGUGUAACUUUUAUGUAUUUUUCAAAACUACAAACUGGAAUCCGACUAUAAAGUGAUUAGAGCAUUCAAAUUAGAGAACAUGGUUUUUCCUUUUGCCCCAUAAUCAGUAUUAACCAAAUUAUAUGCAAUGCUUUAAAAGUAAAUAAUAUUGGGAAAAAGACUACAGCUUUGUAUUUACAUUGUACCAAAGGCUGAGGAAAUGUUUUCUUCAGCAAUUUUGUGUGUAUUGUAAAAUGCCCCUUCCGUACUUCAUUCUGUGUAGUACCUUUCAAGUUUUUCAACUGCAAAACUAUUUUUGACCAGCAGGUGGCGAUUCGCUUCAGUAUUUUAUGAGAUUUUUUUCACUUCAUAAUGUGUAUCAUAGAAAAAUGAUUUUUUUUAUAAAAUAUGCUACUCUUAACUUUCAUGUUGCCAAUGACAUUUUCAGUGGUGUUUGUUAAAAUUCUGUCUUGUGCCAUGAGUAAUA